CGCGCCCCGGUCGCGAUCGGCUCACAAGUACGCGAUCUUUCGCAUGGUUGUCAUGUGUACGCGUUUGAAAACCCAUUAUUUGAAAAAAUACACGACGCUCGACUGACAUGCGCGACAUGCAACUACGCACGGGGUUUACCGGAGGACUACUUGUGGUGGUGUGAUUGAGACCCUUUUUUCGCGUUUUUUUUUUUUUUUUUGUUUACGUUUUCCCACCUGCCAAGUGGUUUUCGGCUCUAUGAAGUAAUUAGUACAGAGGUGGCUUUGACACCCCAGCGAUUUUAUAUUUGCGAACGAAACGGUGCAUAUAUAGGUGACAAUUUUGAACUUUUUUUUUUUGAUGUUUCGCCAUGUAAAGUGCUUCGAGUGGUGGAAUAUCUUGAGGAAAGGGUUGAUGACGACAAAUAAACAGAUCUUCUUUUAACACGAGAAAGAAGCUGGACGCCCAUGCAUGGACACUAACUAUAGACAUUAUUGACGGUUGAAGGUCUCGAUGUGCAUAAAAAAUAGUAGUGAAGUCUGUUUUCUUUGGACAUAGAGCCGUUGAAAAACGGCGCGUAGUUGUUAAGGUGUCUACGGAUCGUAGUGGAAGUGACGUCCGCUCCUCCAGGCUGUCGUAUCUGCAGAUGGGGGUGUUUGAAGACGGUGGCGGAAGGCACACCUCACGAGGAAUGCACUGGCAGCAGAACGAGCAUCAGUACUUCGGUUCGGCCUACGACCCUUCACGAGACCUUUCGCCCAAUUUACCCACAUGCGAACCGCAAGUCAAACGGGAACCCCUCGCUGGGGACACUCAAGGGACCGCCGCUGGAAUCCAGGAUAAUAAUAAUCAUUCCGAGAAAAUGCACCAAACAUGCAUUUCCAACACUUGCCGCCCUCGUGAGGAAAGCGGUACCUUACGACCUUCCGGAUCUGUGACUCCGCCCGACCUGAGACGUCCCGGAUCGUCGUUCGACCAUCAUAUACCGAAAAUCGAACCGGACGGUUCUCCUGCUAGUCCUCCUACUCCACCAUCAAGUUGUACGGACGAAGUGAGCGGUGGUGUGGCAAUUUGUGCGGGUUGUGGCAUAAAGAUAACGGACAGAUACUAUUUGCAAGCGGUAGAAAAACGGUGGCACGCGCAAUGCUUGCAGUGUAGUCAGUGUCGGAACACUUUGGACGGGGACAUUACGUGUUUUUCGAGGGAGGGAAAUAUCUACUGUAAAAAAGACUAUUAUAGGUUAUUCGGCAUGAAACGGUGCGCCCGGUGCCAGGACAACAUCCUAUCUUCCGAGCUGGUGAUGAGAGCUCGAGAGCUGGUGUUUCACGUGCACUGCUUCUCGUGCGAAAUUUGCAACGCGCCCUUGACGAAGGGCGACCAGUUUGGUAUGAGAGGCUGUUCGGUGCUUUGCAGACUUCACUUCGAAGUACCGCCUUCUUCGGGGAUGUUUCCAGUCCAUGGGUUUUCGGAAAAAGGAUACAUGCCACCGUUUCCCAGUCCAGAAUUUCACAGUCAUCAGUCGACGUUGCCGCCUCAAAUACCACCGUCGUCGCUAGAAGCAUCGGUAGGCAAAAGUUCAUUUUUCAAUGGACAAACCGGUGCGCCUCCUAGACAAAAAGGCCGCCCUAGAAAAAGAAAACCAAAGGACUUAGAGGGAAUGACUGCAAACUUAGAUUUAAACCAAGAAUACUUAGACAUUCCUUACGGAAGAUCUCCCGGGACACCUGGACUGCACGGGUCCAGUCAAAGGACUAAACGGAUGCGGACGUCAUUUAAACAUCAUCAAUUGAGGACGAUGAAGUCCUAUUUCGCUAUUAAUCACAAUCCUGACGCCAAGGAUUUGAAACAGUUGUCACAAAAGACUGGAUUACCUAAGAGAGUGUUACAGGUUUGGUUCCAAAACGCUCGCGCCAAAUGGCGACGCAUGAUGCUCAAACAAGAAGGUAAAUCAGUAGGCGAAAAAUGCUCGGGCUCCGAAAGCAUGAGCGACAUGGAUAUCUAUGGUGGUCCAGGUGGGCCCGCUUCGAUGGGCAGCAGCAUCGGUAUGGCACCUCACAGUCCGUCGUUCAUGCUACCUGGUGGGCCUGGUAGCCCUUCGAGUUUGGAUUGUUCCUGAGACGUGGUACGAUGGUGGUUCGAGUUGUUUACGGUGAAUGGAUAAGUGAAAAGUUUUUCGUGGUUGUGAACUCACUAUAAACAAGUUGUUUUGUGCUUUAAUUUAUUUGAAAUGUACUUCCCCGCCGCGAACCAUAACAAUAAGCGUUUUCCUAUUGAAAUUUCUGAAAACGAGUUCCUAUUAAUGUAAGUUUUUGUUCUCAUUUAUCCCAUUAAAAAUAAAUUUGUGUAAGUAAAUAGCAUUGAAAACUUGAGGUAAAUGGUAUACUUAUGCAUAUAAACAAAAUAUUUGGGCAAAUUAAAGCCAACAUCUAGUAUCUCUCUAAAGGGCCUUUAUGUCGUGUCCUUUAAAAAUAUUUUUUUUAACGUACAUAUGUAGUUAAAUAUUAACCCCUCAAAGACUUUGAACAUUAAUUUGUCUUCCCAUUAAAGGCCAAAACUAUAAAUUAUUCUUGGUUUGUCAAAAUCUAUUCGGAUUCUAAAAAAAAUCUUGUGGUAUAACAAACUAUUGUAAAUAUAAUGAUAGGGGGUUUUCAUUCGGGCUUAAUGGCCGUCGUAAGUUGGAAUUUCUUCCUUACUUUCCAACUUACGACGGCCAUUAAGCCAGAAUGAAAACCCCUUAUCAUUAAGCCUGGGCCGCGAAAGCCUCACAAACUUUAUUGUAAAUAUAAUUCGUAUUAAGUAAUUAACGGUAUGGUUUUCCUUCCCGAAUGAAAAAAUUGCAUAUUUUCUCGUGUGUAAAUGUUAAAUUUAUGUCAAAUGCUACCUCAUAAAGCAUAAAAUGUAAAAAGUGUGGUAGCAUAUUCCUAAAAGCAAUAGACG